AUGGCUCCAACCCAACCCAAGGCUGGCAAAAGCCCAUCCAAGCCAAAAGAACCCAAAGACUCCGAUCUGAAAAAGCAGCUCUUGUUCCUAUGGAUCUGCCACAAGGUCUCCGAUGUUAACAUUGACAUCCCAGCCGUCGCCAAGCACUUUGGCAUCAAGAACAAAGCCGCUCAGAUGAGGUACACGCGUCUGAAGAAGAAGCUUGAUGAAAUGGAAGCGUCCAAUGAAGAAGCUCAUGGCAAGGACAAGGAUACCGAGGAUGAGGGCGAUAUCAUGAGUGAUUAA